UGAUCUGAGCCGUGUGGGGCUGGGCGGAGGCACCAGCUGCCCAUUUGGUUGUGGUUGUCGGGCCGGUGUGUUGGGAAGGGGGUGAGCGCAGCCGAGCCUGGGGUAGCUCCGGCCAGGACUGAGCGAACGAGCUGUGACUUCUCCCCCCCCCUCCCCUUGGCUCCAGCUUCGCUGAGGAUUUCUAGAGAUUGUGGUUUUUUUAUUAUUAUUAUUUUAUUUUAAGCGAUAGAGAAAAUGUCUCGACUUCUCCCUUUGAACCCAACUUUCCUACCUCCGACUUACGGGGUGCUGAAAUCCCUGCUGGAAAACCCGCUCAAGCUGCCGCUCAAUCACGAAGACGCAUUUGGUAAAGAAAAAGACAAAGAAAAGAAGCUAGAUGAUGACAGCACCAGCGCAUCAGUCCCCCAAUCAGCUUUCUUGGGGCCAACGUUAUGGGACAAGACGCUGCCAUAUGAUGGAGACACUUUCCAGUUGGAAUACAUGGACCUGGAAGAAUUCCUCUCGGAAAAUGGAAUUCCGCCCAGCCCAGCCCAACAUGACCACAGUCCACACCAGCCAAAUCUCCAGCAAGCUACCUCAGCAGCACCCUCUGUCAUGAACCUCAGCAGCAGGGCAUCUACAUCAAUCCAUCCGGGCAUGGUGUCUCAAAAUUGCAUGCAGAGCCCAGUCAGACCAGGUCAGAUCUUGCCAACAAAUCGUAACACGCCAAGUCCCAUCGACCCUGAGACAAUCCAAGUUCCCGUGGGUUAUGAACCUGAUCCCGCAGAUCUUGCUCUCUCCAGCAUUCCUGGCCAGGAGAUGUUUGACCCUCGUAAACGCAAGUUCUCUGAGGAAGAGCUCAAACCACAGCCGAUGAUUAAAAAAGCCCGUAAAGUCUUCAUUCCAGAAGAUCUGAAGCAGGAUGACAAAUACUGGGCAAGACGUAGAAAGAACAAUAUGGCUGCCAAGCGAUCGAGAGACGCCCGGAGGCUGAAGGAAAACCAGAUUGCCAUCCGCGCCUCUUUCCUGGAGAAAGAGAACUCAGCCCUCCGCCAAGAAGUGGCUGACUUACGGAAAGAGCUGGGCAAAUGCAAGAACGUGCUGGCGAAGUAUGAAGCUCGGCACGGGCCCAUGUAAAUGGCGAUUUUUAUUCCUUUUUUGUUGUGGGUUGGCAUUUUAAUAGAUGGACAAUGUGUUUCCUGUUUGAUAGCACCACACCCAAACCAACCUGUCUGUCAUCAGCACUUUACCAGAAGCAGAAACAAAACUGACUUACUAUUAUUAUUUUUCAUUUGUGUAUGCGUGUGUGUGCACAUCUCAGCACUUCCCGUUUUUAUGAAACCCUCUUCAAAGGGUGACACAUUUUUACCUGGACUAUUAAGAACUGCCAUAGUAUGCUUUUCAUUUUUUUUUUUGUCAGUGCUGCUUCUGAUUAGGAUUUUUAUGUUGUUCUAAACAGUUUCAUCCUCACCAUUUACUUGCAAAGGUCCCAGUAAAAACAAACCAUAACAAUUAAAAAAAGGUAGAUCUCAGUUUUCAAGAGUAACAAGCUAUUGUUUAAUUAUGUCUAAUCAGAAAAGUUAACAUGCUAAUGAAGUGCACAAACAAUAAUUCAGUACAACACUACAGAAAUAUUAAUUUAUAGAUUGCUUUUGUUGUAUUUUAAGAUUUGGUGAUCGCUGUCUUCAGAUUUAAAGUGCUGUUCGACUGAGUUAGCUCUGCUCCUUAUAGAUCCCAUUAUGACUUAUCUAUAUCUACUAAGUUUCCUUUUAUUUCCACAAACGCCAGAUAGAUAGGAGUACUAUUAAUAGAAUACAGAGUGUGUAUUUUGCACUGUCUGUACCUAAAGCAAUAAUCCUAUUGUACACUAGCGCAUGCUGCCUGGGUGUUCCUAGUGGACGUAGGAUGACUUCCCUACCUAAUAAGAGUUUUAAUGUCUUAUAAAUAAGACCCAUUGAUAUGAGCAUGGUGAAAGCAUCCCUGGAACAGAAUGUGUGUAUGAAAGAGAGAGGACAAUUAGUCGAUACAAGAACAAAAUUAAAAAGUAUCAAAUCAGAUUUGAUGUUGAAAUUAGAGGAGUUUUUCUUUUAGUUUUCAUUUAAUUUUGCAUUGCUCGGAGUCCCAUUUUGUGAUUAAUUAACUAUUCAUUUUUCCACUUUUUGUAAUAUAUUUUCUGAGGAUUAUAUCUUGCUGUUUUAAAAUCAUUUUUAUUCAGUUAGAAGAGUCACUGUUUUGCAAACCCCACUUUUUCUAGUGAUUGUUAUUUUGAGCAUGUCUUGAACUGAUUGUUCUGAACUUUAUUCUGUUUUCUCUCUACCUGCUUUUGAACAUAUGUUCUGUUACAAAGUGGACUUCUGAAAACGAAUGUAAGAAACACUGGUGAAUUUCAGAAGGCAAUGGUGUUGUCAUAUACUGUGGUUAAUCUAAUCAAUUUAUAUGUU